CAGUUGGUGAUCUGCGACUGGAAAAAAUGGCGGAGCAGUUUGACGUUUCUUCUACGGAACGUAAAAUUUUGGAGGAACGCGCUCAAAGGAGAGCCGCGUUGAGAAAUGAAUUUUUGAAAUUAAAAUCUGAUCCCUUCAAGCAUGCAUCAGGUGAAGGUGGCACCGUUUUUGAUCCAGCCAUCCAACGUUACCAGGCCAUGAAAAUUAGUGGCUAUGACUAUUUCAAGCCAAGCAUCAGAAAUGGGGUAUAUGGAAUGCUCUUUUUAGUCAUCCCAAUGGGUGGAUUUGGUUACCUAUUAUUUAAACAAAGACAAGAACAAGAGGCUAAAUACAGAAGGGGAGAAGUUGCUUAUAAAGAUCGUUAUUUCAAAUUUGCAUAAACUAUAUACAAUUUGUUAGUAAUACAUUUAAAUAUAUAGGAAGAUGUUUUAUUUGUUUUAAUCAA